UGCUCUACUGAGAACUUCUCACAUCAGUUUAGUUCUCACUGUGCACACUGUCAAGAUGUUGAAAUUGUCGAUCGUCUGUUUCGUCGCCAUCGCGGUGCUUCUCUCCUCGACCUCGGCGACGGUACUAAUCUGUAAUGGACCCAACGAGGAAUAUGCCUGCGGAUCUGCCUGUCAAAGGAGGUGCGACUCCUUGAACGAGCCGUGUAUGAUCGUGAACAUUAAGUGCAACGACGCAUGCUACUGCAAGGAAGGCUUCGCCAGGAACUGCAGGGACAUCUGCAUCCCCAUAGAUUCGUGCAGCCAUAAGAAAUGCAUGUGGCGUAACCCGUACUUCGGCAAGCUCAUAGGAUAAUAUUGCGACGAAUUCUGCGAGACCUCUGCCCUUCCGCGACAAGAAAAUGCUGAUAACACCGUGACUGAUGCAUAUAUCCGUGCUGCGACUCUUACUGUGCACGCGCAUACCGGGCUUGUAUCGGAGAGCACCGAUAGAAUUGAUAGUUCAAGGGGUCAGUUUCGUAACAUCUCGUGAUUCUGUUAGACUGUAAUGUAAUAAACGUAGACGACCCGUUAUAUUUUUGCAAUAACAACAACAAUAAUAAUAAUUAUUUAUUUUCACUGUC